CACAGACUAACAUGGAAAACUGCAGAGGCCAACAAUGGUUAAGCCGCACGAUUCUUACUAGAGCACGUCCUAAAGCUUAACCAUUGUUGGCCUCUGCUGUUUUCCAUGUUAGUCUAUGUGUUUGUCUUUGAUACUCAUACCUUCUGCUUAUGAUUUGGUAAAAUGGAAUUUGAUUUUUCAUCUUUUUUAUUUUUCUUGUCAAUAUCUUACAAAAUCAUAGCAUGAUUUUGUAAAUUUAGGCAAUGAACUUCCUUCUCGAUUCAUUUCAUUGAUAUUGUACAUUACCAUUAAAGAGAUGUGAAAGCAUGAAAGAAACCCACCUCCUCCAAGUUAAAAAAAUUGCAUACUGUGGCUGAAUAAUGGAAGGGAUAUAGCCUUCAUUACUAAUCCGUGCCUUGAAUUAUUGUAAUUUUUUUCGUCUCUAAGCAUUUGGACCAUCCGAUUAUUAUGGAUUCAAAUAUGUUUAGUUUAAGGCUCUCAAUACUUCUGUUAUACGUUAUAAUGAUAUGCAUUUGUAGCUUUUCUUCUACAAGACUGACUUACGGUGGCCGAACGGUAUGGAAAAACAAUCAUUGUACAGUGUUCAUAUUACUGUUGAUGUAAAGGGAUAUGGAGAGUCUGAUGCUUGGAGCCAUAUAUUUGGCUUCUGAAAAAUUGAGAGCCAUAUUGAUAACGCCACAGGGGGAAGAAGAAGAUGGAGCAGCAGCAGCAGCAUCUUCAACAUUUUUCCCAUCCGGAGCAUCCCUUGGUCUUCAAUCAAGAUGACAGAAGCGGUGAUACUUGUCGGGGGUGCCGAGAAAGAGUUUAUGGUCCUAGCUACAGUUGUAAAGAAUGCAGAAGGUGGUGGCUUCGGGAGGCCGUGCAUCAUAAAUCAUGUGCGGAACUACCCCUUGGGUUGCACCAUCCCUUGCACCCAAUCCAUCCUCUUAUUCUCUUUUCUCCAGAGACCUGGGCAUAUUUCGGCGACGACAAACAACUUUACAAAUGCGAACUCUGCAAAGAUUAUAAAGGUGUAUACACUUAUCGGUGUUCCCGUUGUGACUUCAACCUUCUCAUCACAUGCGCUUCUUUAGCGCCUACCAUGGAUGCUGAAUUCCACCACCACCCAUUGACCCCCUUUUGGAAGUGGAUCACCUUCACUUGUGACAUUUGCGGCAAAGAAGACAAAGGUACACCCUAUCUGUGUCAUCUAUGUGAUUUCUGGAUUCAUGGAAGAUGUUCUAUUUACCCACAAAGAGUCAAAAUUUGGCGUCACAAGCACCUCCUCCACCUCACCCAUUCUUCUAUUGAGUUCCAUCAAUCCAACUCCCGGUUUUGUCAAAUCUGUGUUGAAAAAUUGGACACACACUUUGGGCUUUAUUAUUGCUCCAGAUGCGAUUAUGUUGCCCACCUCGAUUGUGCUAUGACGUUGAGAAUCAUUGAGGAUGAAGUUCCAGAGCUUAAUGAAUCGAUUGACUCAGCAGCUUACCAAGUCAAAAAAUCCGAGGUGGGGGUGGACGGAACUCAAAUAGACACAGAAAUCAAACACUUAAGUCAUGAGCAUGACUUAAAGCUUACUGAUGAGGUUCUAAAUGACCAAAAAUGCAAUGGGUGCGCACGAGCCCUUCUUGGUCCAUUUUACAGUUGUUCCCAGUGUGCCUUCUUUCUUCAUAAAUCUUGUGCAAAUUUACCCAAAACAAUACAAAAUCAAUUACUUCCAUUCCAAUUCACCCUUAUCCCAACGAAACCAGGAAAGAUUUUUCAGUGUGGUGCUUGUAAACGGGGUUGCAAUGGCUUCUCCUAUCAUUGGAAAGAGCUUAUUUCCGAUGUUCAAUGUAAUUUGACUUUGGCAUCAGACAUCCUUACCCACAAAGGACAUGAGCACCAACUUAACCUCUCCACUACAGAAUAUCAACAAACUUGCACUAGUUGUAAUUCUAAAACGGAUUUCAUAUUUCGUUGCACCAUUUGUGAAUUUGCUCUAGACAUCAAAUGCGCUACACUACCAUAUACCACAAGGUACAAACAACACGAGCAUCCCUUCACUCUCUGUUAUACUGUUGAAGAUGAUUCUAAUGAAUAUUACUGUGACAUCUGUAAAGAAGAGCGUGACCCAAAGCAUUGGUUCUAUUACUGUGAAAAUUGCACUUAUCCUGCUCAUCCCAAUUGUAUUCUUGGGAAAUACACAAAUAUUUGGUUUGGAGAUACUUACACAUUUGGCUUUCAUCCACACCCACUUACUUUCAUUGAGGAAACUGAGGACAGCCCUGAAUGUCACGAUUGUGGUGAUCCUUGCAAAGAGUUUAUCUUACAAUGUGUCCAGUGUGAUUUCUACAUCCACGAUAAAUGUGUGCGGGGCCAGGAAAAGUGGUUUUAAUUUUUGUAUUUAUAUUUUUCUUUUGGGUUAAACUGUUUUUUUUUUUUUUUAUAUUGUUGAAUCUAAUGUGUUAUUACAGCUCUAAAAAAGUGGGUCUUGCCCACCUUUUAUAACAUUAAGUUGAGACUGUUAGUGAGUAUAUCUGUUUGCAUUAAAACAAGUCAUCUUUGUAUCUUAUUCUUGAUAUUACUUACCACAAUAACUUUAUUAAGAAAAUAAAACUUAGAUCUUAGAGUCUUUUUAAAAACUGAGUUUAAAUUUACGACAAUAUCUCACCAAAUCUAGAAUUUGACUGAUUGAUCAUAUGUUUUUGCAAACACCUGUAGUCUGCAGCUCUAGUAGUAAGAAAAAUGCAGCAUUUAAGCUAUA